GAUAAGAGUUUGUAUGAGUAAGCACUCUACAUUUUACCUUUUAUAUUUACGUUAUACUUUAGAACUUAAGUAGUUUUAAGAACACAAGGAUGCAAUCAUUUAUACGGAAUCAACAUAAAGAAGAAAGAAAUUUGUUAAAGGCCCUAAAUUCAUUUCAUAUUUAUCGAAAUUUAUGGGGUUUGAGUUGACUUUGGCAACACUGACUGUUGCAAAGCGAACGUUCCACCAUUUUGAAUCGUUGGCGGAAGAUCUCCAAGCAGACGCGAGUUCCCCGGGAAGGUUCCUCAAAUUAUGCUGGUACAGUGAACUCGCCGCCGCCAACCACACCGGACAAGACAACUCGGAUUUGACGAAAACCCCCCUGAUUAGACCUGCUAUCGGACUAGACUAUUUCUCGGAUUAAACAAGAAAAGAGCUUACACAAACAACAUAAUGGACGAUUUGCUUUUAAGAAGGCUUAGGCUCAUUAACGACAAACUCACCACAGACCUAGAAGUUAUUCCUGUUACCAUUAAUUCAGAGAACUUAGGGCAGGCUCAAAUUACUUACAGUAAAUUAGAUGCAUCUCUGAAAAGACUUGACAACGACUUGAUGGAGUACUUUCGCUUGGCUUCGACACCUGCUUCUGAUGAAAUAUGUUUACUGAGUGGAUUGCAACUUCAAACAGAGGAGACUUUGGCUGAACUUAAAGUGAAGAUCGACCAAAUAACUUUGAAAGGCAACGCUACAGAGAAACCUCCGGAAGCGAAUGCCUCAUGCCGACUCCCUAAACUUCAGCUGCCGGUGUAUAGUGGAGAUGUGCUCUUUUGGUGUGAGUUCUGGGACUCCUUCAAGAGCAACAUUGAUUCAAGAAAUCUGCCUGAUGUUGACAAGCUCUCCUAUCUUAAAGCCUCGGUGACGGGAGAUGCCAAGAAAGCCAUAGAUGGUCUGUCUACUACUAAUGCUAAUUAUAGAAUAGCCAUAUCAAUCCUGAAGGAGCGUUUCGGCAAGACCUCUCAUCUCAUUGACGCGCAUUAUGCAACACUAUAUAAGGUUAAGAUGGCCAAAAGCACCGCUGAAGACUGUAGAAAGACAUUCAACGAAGUUGAACGAAAUCUCAAAAUUUUGGAAUCAUUAGGUGAAAACAUCAAUCACAAUCAUCUUCGUUUUAUGUUGCUGGAGAAAUUUCCACCCGAUCUAGUUUACGAAAUUAAGCUGAAGGUUAAUGAUGAUUCUAUACAAGAAAUCAGGAACCAAUUAGAUAGAAUUAUUACCGCAAAAGAGGAUGCUGAAAGGAUUUCAGGAAGAAAACGCACGCAUGAAGCAGAAGAUAGUACAGUCGGAACUCUACAUAUAAAUGUGAAACGUGCAAGAAGCGCAUAUCCACCCAAACAGCAACAAGGUCCCCCUAAGAAACAAAAUCCUCAAGGAGGUUUUGAUAGAAGACCGGAAAGGAAGAAUAAGUUUGAUAGUAUUAAUAAACCCAAUAAAUGGAACAGACCAAAACAAACUCCGACUUCUAACAAGGAUCAACCAGAACCUCAGCAGGGCUCUUCGAAGGGGAGAACAGCGUGGACAUGCAUCUUUUGCAAAGGUGAUCAUUACAAUGAUAAGUGCUCUGAAGCUACUACCUUAGCAGAAAGAAAGAAACGACUUGGAAAGAAAUGCUUCAUGUGUUUGAAGUUAGGCCACUUUAUAAAAGACUGCAAGAACAAACGUAAGUGUAGCAUUUGCUGUAGUGAGACACCGCAUAACAGAGCUUUAUGCCAUUUAAAUUUUCAGAAGAAUACUGCAAUGAAGAAACAGUCCUGACGGUUCUAGGAAAGGGAUUCACUACUCUUCAAACUUCUGUUAGGGCUAACCCCCUAGAUGAUAAAAAUAAACAAUAUAAAUAUAGACUUCUUUUAGAUCCAGGCUCUCAGCGCUCCUAUGUCACAUUUCAAACUGCCAAGGAAUUGAAGCUUCCCAUUGAAGAGGAAAGUCAUUUAACUAUAUUUACCUUCGGUGAAGAUCCUCCUAAAGAAAUACAUAGUCCAAUAGUUACUUUACAGUUGCUGUCAAGGACAAAUAAGAAGAUAGUUAUACAAGCCAACUGCGUUGAACGUAUUUCAAGAGGAUACAUACCCACUGUCAAGUUGAAGGACUUACCGGAGUCAUAUAUACUAGCGGAUGACGGCUCGCUAAGCGGACAGGUGCAGAUUCUGGUUGGAAACGAGUACUACUUCAACCUAAUUUACGAGAAGAAAAUACAAUUGGGUAGUAACCUGUUCCUGGUCGAUUCUGCCCUUGGUUGGAUAAUAAGUGGUAGAACAGAACCACAGCUUAGUGACGAGCCCUAUGUAGUGACUUACGCUCAGACUUGUAUAGAAACGAAGCUUCAUCAACCUGACCCACCCCUUUGUGAUGGAGACAUAAAGAGCCUCUGGGAACUAGAAUGUAUAGGUAUUAGUGAUUCACCGAAAGCAACUAGAGAAGAAGAAGCAAUCAAGUAUUUUAAUAAUACCACUCUAAAAUUAAAUAAUCGUUACACGGUAAGCUGGCCGUGGAUAACUUACCCACCGGACCUACCCAAUAAUUAUGGAAU